AUGACCGUGGUCCAGGGCUUUCGUUUGCCCUCUUUCUGGGUUGCACUCGGCUGCCUCUCGUGCCUGAGACUGGCACUGAUGCUCAACGCAGGCCGCAAGACCUAUUCAAAACCACCUGCCAACAUUAAGGUGCCUCCGCACAUCAUCUUUGUGAUGGUGGACGAUCAGGGCUACAGUGAUGUGGGCUACCAUGGCUCGGACAUCCACACACCGGUGCUGGACCAGCUGGCUGCUGAAGGGGUGAAGCUGGAGAACUACUACGUCCAGCCCAUCUGUUCACCAUCUCGAAGCCAGCUCAUGACUGGACGGUAUCAGAUUCACACAGGCCUUCAGCAUUCCAUCAUCCGUUCACGCCAGCCCCUGUGUCUGCCCCUGGACACGCCCACGCUUCCCGAAAGGCUGCGUCAGGCCGGCUACAGCACACACAUGGUCGGGAAAUGGCACUUGGGCUUCUGCCGGCCUGAGUGUCUGCCCACUAGCCGUGGAUUUCAAAGCUUUCUGGGUUCCCUGACCGGUAGUGGAGACCAUUUUAACUUCCAGAGCUGUGAUGGAGCGGAGACCUGCGGCUUUGACCUGCACGACGGUGAACGGCCGGCCUGGGAGUUGAGUGGGAAUUACUCCACAUCUCUGUAUGCACAGAGGGUGAAAACGAUCUUGCGGACUCAUGACCGGCGGAAGCCUCUCUUCCUGUAUGUGGCUCUCCAGGCUGCUCACACUCCUCUACAGGCUCCUGCCCAUCUCCUUCGGCGUUACGCUUCUCUCGGGAAUCAUCCCCGGCGCCAUUACGCCGCCAUGCUGAGUGGUGUGGACGAGGCUGUGGGCGAGAUUGUGUCGGAGAUGCGUAAUCGAGGCUACUACCACAACUCUGUUCUCGUCUACUCUUCGGAUAACGGAGGCCAGCCUCUGUCAGGUGGCUGCAACUGGCCCCUGCGUGGAGGCAAAGGCUCAUACUGGGAGGGAGGAGUGCGAGCUGUGGGCUUUGUUCACAGCCCUCUCCUGAAAAUGAAGAAGAGGAUCAGUCGGGCUUUAAUACAUGUUUCAGAUUGGUACCCGACGUUACUGUAUCUGGCAGGAUCUCCCGAGCCAAACCCCCAACGCUUAGAUGGGUGUAACGUGUGGGGGGCCAUCAGUCAGGGUCUAACUUGCCCUCGUACCGAAAUCCUGUUCAACAUCGACCCUAUUUCGCGGCGGCACGGAGAACACGAUCGCAGGCUGCUGACGGUGAACGGCUUGGGCAUCUGGGACACGGGAGUGCGUGCGGCGAUCCGAGUGGGUGACUGGAAGCUCCUGACGGGCAACGUGGGAGACGGAGAUUGGUUUCCUCCGCAGAUCCUGCCUGGCACUCCACAUCAGUGGCAGGAUGUCGAGAAGAGACAUGACCAGCAUGGGAAGUCUGUCUGGCUCUUUAACAUCAGCGCCGACCCGUUUGAGAGGCACGACCUGACGCAGGCCCGGCCUGACCUGGUCAAGCUUCUUCUUUUAAGGAUUGCGGAGUACAACCGCACCGCUGUGCCUGCAAGAAACCCGCCAGAUGAUCCGAUGGCUGACCCCCAGCUCCACGGAGGUGUGUGGAUGCCGUGGCUGGCGAAGGACGAAGGAGAGGGUGCAGACAGGAGAGGAGCGCCAGACAGACGCAACUGGAAGCUUCGCUUCAAAACCUGCAAAGUGUGCAAACUGAGAGCUCUGUUUAGAAAGGUGGAUCGGUCAGAAAAUGAGAUAUGA